GGCGCGAGAGAGCUCGAGCUGAGCAGCAGUUAACGAUCGGAACCCGCGCGAAGGGAAAGGAAAAGAGGGAGAGAAAAGUGGGGUCUUGGUAUCACUUCACCCAGCGGUAUAAAGUAAUCAGAAAGGAGCCAGUACUGUGUGCAGUUAUCUCUCACCUACCUGGGCAGAGCUCAGCGACAGCGGGCAACUCUCUCCGGAAACAUCCGCACUGACAGGGCUUUGCCUCUUGUCCCGUUUCCUCAGUCGGUUGCAGGAUGCCGUUGGCACAGUUAGCUGGUCCUUGGCCCAAAGUGGACCUGGUUCACCUAGAGACCGAGAAUGGGCAUGGAGCUUCAGAAGAAACAACGGAUCCUCCAGUGCAGGCAAAAUCGGAAAUCACAUGGAUAGAGAAGGACUUUAUCUCUUUAAAAUGUAAGGAUGAAGGAAAUGUAAAAGAGAUCAACAUUACACAUCAUGUGAAAGAGGGGUCGGAGAAAGCAGAUCCAUCUCACUUUGAGUUGCUGAAAGUACUUGGUCAGGGAUCCUUUGGAAAGGUAUUUCUGGUGAGAAAGAUCAAAGCACCUGAUUUAGGUCAGCUCUAUGCUAUGAAGGUUCUGAAGAAAGCAACAUUGAAAGUUAGGGAUCGUGUUCGGACUAAAUUGGAAAGAGACAUCUUGGUGGAUGUAAAUCAUCCAUUCAUAGUGAAGCUGCAUUAUGCUUUUCAGACUGAAGGAAAACUGUACCUUAUCUUGGACUUCCUCAGAGGAGGUGAUCUUUUCACUCGACUAUCUAAAGAGGUGAUGUUCACAGAAGAGGAUGUUAAGAUAUAUUUGGCAGAGUUGGCUUUAGCCUUGGACCAUCUUCACGGUUUUGGAAUCAUUUAUAGAGACCUGAAACCAGAAAAUAUUCUGCUGGAUGAAGAAGGGCACAUUAAGUUAACUGACUUUGGAUUGAGCAAGGAAGCUGUUGACCAUGAGAAGAAGGCCUAUUCGUUUUGUGGAACUGUUGAGUAUAUGGCUCCUGAGGUGGUUAAUCGACGUGGCCAUACACACAGUGCUGAUUGGUGGUCCUAUGGUGUCUUAAUGUUUGAGAUGUUGACGGGUUCUCUGCCAUUCCAAGGGAAGGAUAGGAAAGAGACGAUGACGCUCAUUCUAAAGGCUAAAUUGGGAAUGCCUCAAUUCUUGAGUCCUGAAGCCCAAAGUUUGUUGCGAGCACUUUUCAAGAGAAAUCCUGCCAACAGACUAGGAGCUGGUGUGGAUGGUGUAGAGGAAAUCAAGCGUCAACCAUUCUUCACAAACAUAGAUUGGAACAAACUCUACCGAAGGGAACUGAAGCCACCAUUCAAGCCAGCUGUGGCCAGGCCAGAUGAUACGUUUUAUUUUGACCCUGAGUUUACAGAGCGAACACCUAAAGAUUCUCCUGGUGUUCCUCCAAGUGCCAGUGCUCACAAGUUAUUCCGAGGAUUCAGUUUUGUGGCAACAGGUAUUGAAGAGGAAGAGGUUAAGGAUGAACAUUCCAAAUUAGUCAUUCACCCCGUCCUGCAGCAGCUACAUGGGAACAAUAUGAACUUUACUGAUGGUUAUGAGCUGAAGGAGGAUAUUGGUGUAGGCUCAUAUUCUGUCUGUAAACGCUGCAUUCACAAGACUACAAACAUGGAGUACGCUGUCAAGAUUAUUCAGAAGAGCAAGAGAGAUCCCUCUGAAGAGGUUGAAAUCCUGUUGCGGUAUGGGCAGCAUCCAAACAUCAUUACAUUGAAAGAUGUCUACAAUGAUAGUAAAUAUAUCUACCUGGUGACAGAGCUAAUGAGAGGUGGUGAAUUACUGGAUAAAAUACUGCAGCAGAAGGGUUUCUCUGAGAGGGAGGCAAGUGCUCUUCUUCAUACAAUUACCAAAACAGUCGAAUAUCUACACUCUCAAGGGGUGGUUCACAGAGAUCUGAAACCAAGCAACAUCUUGUAUGUAGAUGAGUCAAGUAACCCUGAGUCCAUUCGAAUCUGCGACUUUGGUUUUGCUAAGCAGCUGAGGGCUGACAAUGGACUCCUAAUGACUCCCUGCUAUACAGCCAACUUUGUCGCUCCAGAGGUUCUCAAACGCCAAGGAUAUGAUGAAGGCUGUGAUAUCUGGAGUCUGGGUGUUUUACUUUACACCAUGUUGGCCGGAUAUACCCCUUUUGCUAAUGGUCCCGAUGAUACGCCAAGUGAGAUUCUGGCUAGGAUUGGGAGCGGACACUACAACCUCCAGGGUGGAAACUGGGACAAAGCCUCUUCUGCUGCAAAGGACCUUGUCUCCAAGAUGUUGCAUGUUGAUCCACACCGACGUCUAACAGCAAAGCAAGUCUUGAAACAUCAGUGGAUUGUAAACCGAGAUCAGCUUCCACAAAGCCAGCUGACCCGCCAGGAUGUCCAUCUUAUUAAGGGAGCAAUGGCUGCCACCUUCUCAGCCUUGAACAGCUCCCCGCCAGCACCAAAACUGGAGUCUGUGAAGGCAUCAACUUUAGCUCAACGCAGAGAACUUAAAAAGCUGCCGUCCACCUCACUGUAACUCAGCAUUGUUUGCAGCUUAUCAUGGGCAGUGCAAGAUCCAGGGAAGCCCAAGUUAUGUGCACAGUCACAGAGACUGUUCUUCCCUCAAGAUGUGGCAAUUCAGAGGAGCGUUAAUUCACUGUUGAAUCUUUGGGAUAAUAUUGCAGUACUUGAGAGAUAAAAAUAAGGAAAACAAACUAAGGGGGAACUGCUUUUUACCAUGUGAAAUAGCUUUUACCUUACAAUUCUGGAGUAGUAACUUAACUUUGCCAGACUUGGUUUCUGUGGAGAGUAUCUUACAGCAACCAAACGACUCUGAAUUCUGUUUAAGAGUAUUUCCUAUUCCUUUAAAAUUAACUUUUCAAAAGAACAAUACUUUCUUUUUGAACUGUGGUUGUGAGCAUAGUCUAAGUACAAAUCAUAUCUGAGUCAUGAAGAGCAUAAUAUUGGGAAAUUACAGAAUUAAUCAGAUAAUAGCCAGACUGAGAUUAGGCUGCAACAUUCUCAAAAAUUUUGGAAAUUCAAAACAUCUGAUUGUGUGUCAAAGCUCACUGUUGUUCAUGCUAUUCUCCUUAUUUUAUACUACCUUUCCCUCCCACGCGUUUAGAUUUAUUGAAUCGUAGUUCAUGUUUUUUGCAGUAAUGCACCAUAAAGAUUUCAGUCGGAUGCUGAGUAAAUCACUAUUCAAAGAUGUGCUCAGUGAUGCUUGAAUUCCUUGCCUCAUGGCCUUAGUGAUCAUGGCAUAAAUGCAAUUAUAAAUGAACAAAUGCCUCGUAAUAAUGUAGUUUACAGUACCCAGCAAAAGAUCAAGUCAUAUCAUUACAUGUGCAUACAGAAACUGUCCAAUCAUUAUGCUUAAAACCAAACCACCCAUCUCUAUCUAACGGUCUUAAAUAUCCUUGCGUGCUCCCUGCCAACAGAUCACAUGACUGUCAGGGAUUGAUUCUAUUCACAUGGAAAUAUGGUACCAUAUUUAUUCAUUUAACAUUUAGCUAAUUGUCCCAUGGCCAUUAUUUGAUAUCUGCUUUCUGGACAAUUGCAUAUAAAUUGUGUCAGGACCUAGAAGGAUUGUAUCUUUGGGAAUGCUUAUGUAUCCAACUGCUAUCAGUACAUGCAAGUGGCUGCAUGUCCAGAAAGUGUAAAACUCUGGAUUUAUUGCAUCUCUGGCUUGUGACUGAAUGUCUGGGGAUUUAAACAGGGUGGCACAGUGGCUCAGUGGUUAGCACUGCUGCCUCACAGCACCAGGGACCUGGGUUCAAUUUCACCCUUUGGUGAUUGUCUGAUUGGAGUUUGCAUAUUCUCCCUUGUCUGUGUGGGUUUCUUCUGGGUGCUCCGGUUUCCUGCCACAGUCCAAAGAUGUGUAGUUUAGGUGGAUUGGCCAUGCUUAAAAGAAAAAUUGCCUAUAAUGUUCAGGGUGUGCAGGCUAGAUGGAUUAGCUGUGAGAAAUACAGGGUUACAGGAAUAGGCUAGAGGGGUGGGAUGCUCUUCAGAGGGUCGGUAUGGACUCGAUGGGCUGAAUGGCCUGCUUCCACACUGUUAGGGACUCUAUGAUAUGAAACAACUGAAAUGAGAGCAUUAUAAAUGCAACAAUGCUUGUUUAAAAGAGCAACAAUCUUAGCAAGUCACAAAAAUGCCAAAUUUAAUUGAAGAACUUUCAUCGUGACUGAACUGAUAUGCAAGGACCUUCAGCAGCAGCAGAACUGUAUUCCACUACAUCUCUCACCUUGCCAUUACCAUUAACCGCAUUUGGUUAGUGAGGAUAGGACAGCAUAACAGACUCAUCACCAUACAUAUUUAAAUUCAAGGUAUCAAAUUAGUAUAGCAAUAAUACAGGGCUUCAAACAAAGUAAACAAUGGGUAAGCAUCCUAUUGAUAGAGUUGAGUGUUCCCAGAAACAAUGGAUCAGAUCAAGGUUCUACAGUCCUAUCACGUCAAAUUGUAAAUAUUAAUAGCUAGUGACACAGAAGCGACUCCAUGAACACCUUCAACCUGGACAAUAGUCGAGACCAGCAUCCCAAUGCAAAAGGCAGCUGAUGCAUCUUCAACUGAAUGUGUUGAUUGGAUGUUCCCUCUCAAUUUCCCACUCAGGUCUCCAUCAUUGAAGAUGCCAUUUUUAGCCAAUUAAUUUCAGUCUACACAAUAUUAAAUGGAUGAGUGCUGUGAGUACAACAAAGAUCAUGGGCCUGACAACAUCCAGCUGCAAGACUGAAGACUUCAUGCUUGGCUGUAGACAAUCUGUUUUAAUACAGUUACAACACCAGACCUAACUAUGCAGAAAAUCACCUGCGAAUAUCCUGUUCACAAAAUAAAGAACAAAUAACAAUUCAACCAGUUACAGUCCCAACAGUUUAUUCUCAAUUAUCAGCAAAGUAGUUGAAGAUAUUGUUGACAUAGCUGUUUGGUGUCACUUACUCACCAAUGACCCGCUCACCGAUGUUCAAUUUGGGUUCCAUUAGAUCUACUCUGCUUAAAAUUGUAUUCAAGCCUCCAACCAAACAUGGGCAAAAGAGCUGAAUUCCAGGGGUGACUCGUAUCCAUCCUUGAAUACAAGGCAGCAUUUGACUGUGUUGCAUCAAGGAACCCAAGUAAAAUUGAAGUAAAUGUGAAGCAGGGAAAUCUCUUCACUGGCUGGAAUCAUGCCUUGCACAAAGAAUGGUGAUUGUAAUUGUUGGAAGCAAAUCAUCUUAGCAAAAGAAAAUUAUUGCUGUAGUUCCUCAAGGCAGUGUCCAAUACUCAACCAUCUUCAAUGGCUUUAUUAAUGAUCUUCAGUUCAACAUAAGGACAGAAUUUCACUGAUGAUUCCACAGUGUUUAGACCCAUAUAUAACUCCUCAGAUAAUGAAGCAGCAUGUGUCCACAUGCAGCAAGAUCUGGAAACUUUAAAGCUGAGCUAAUAAGUGGCAAACAACAUUGCGCCGCACAAGUAGCAGGCAAUGACUGUCUCCAGCAAGAGAGAAUCUAACCACCUUACAAUUUAAUGUCGUUACAUUUAUUGCCAUCUCUGGAUACCCCCACCAUCAUCUGGGGGUUUUGAUCUAUAGAACUGUAACUGGGCCAAUUGUCAGUGGCUCCAACAACCACUGGCAGCUGGGAUUUCUGCUACUGCUUCAUUGCCAUCCACCCAUCUUCAGAAAUAUUCACUCUCUCCAUCAUUGGAUGUACCAUGGCAACGACAUAUCAUCUACAAGUUGCAUUGCAGCAACUCACCAAGGCUCUUUCAACAUCACUUUACAAAUCUGUAAAGUAGAAGGAAAACCAAGGAGACACAUGUGAACAUCACCAAAUGCAAGUCCUCCCCCAUCUGCUUCCCAAAGAAACACGUCAUCCUGACUUGGAAAUUUGUCACCAUUGCUUCACUGACACUUGGUCAAAAUUGUGGAACUCCCUCUCCAGCAAAACUAUGGGGAGCCAUGGAAGGUACCUAAAGCACAAAGACUAUAGUGACUUAAGAAAAUGGGUCAUCAUCACCUUCUCAAACCAAAACUUCAGGAAUGUCUAAACCAACAUCUGCAUUGCCAACAAUUUCAAAUUAAAUGGUUGAUAUUAUUUUACUACGUAGGAUAAUUGCUUGCACAUGUAACCAACCUGUAACAUUGAUGGAUGAUAGAAACUGAAAACUCAGCGCCAGGUUUUAGUCUGGUGUCCAUGUGGGAAUAGCUACACUUAAUUUUUUCCUAAGAAAUCUGAAGCUUUGCUAUGCGUUGCUAUCCCUGCACAAUUUUAUCUGGCAUUUUUCUGGGUCAGGACAUUGCCUAGAGAUUGCCAGCCAUCACCCCACUCCCCCAGCCACACCAAGCCACCCCCCACAAGGUGGUAAAUAAGGAACGAGUAUUAGAUUUUGCCCCACACACCAUUUUCAUCUGGUGGUGUAGCACUUUAGCAAGCCACUUAAAACAUUCCAGAUUUGGGAGUUGUGAAUAAAAUAAAAAGUUUUGUGAGAAGUCUGGAACUUUCUGAAAGGUAAAUUCAUGGUUUCACACCCCAAAUGCUAUUGUAACGCAGAUGUGUUUCCAUGCAGUUAUUCAUCAGAAAGAAAUAUCUUUUAAAAGUAAAUUGAUCCAUUGUAUAUUUAUUCACGUGCAUUAUAUACUUUUCCAAUGAAGAAAGCACAGUAAUGCUGUGAAAAACAUUAUUGGAUGUCCUGUCACCCUGUGUUAUCAGAUGUUCUAUUACACUUUGACAUUUGACAAAAAGAUCUAACUACCUGCUCCCUUAUUUUGAUUGACAGACGCAUUGCGUUGGAAUUGAAGUGAACAAAUUCUUUUGUUCCCAAUGAGAAGCUAUUGUUUGAACAGCCAUUGCAAUUAUCAAUGCAAUAUUCCGGCUCAAGUGCUAAUGAAUUUUAGCGUAGAUGUUCCAUUCUUCUGAGAAUAAAUUAUUGCUUCAAGAAUCACAACCUUUGAUGUGAUUUCUGCUGUUUUGACACGUGAACAGGAUUGCAAGAAUUACACAGUUUUGAUUUCAUAUCGCAGAAUGCAGUUUGUUUCCCGAAUGUCAAUGAUAUGGGGAUUUUAAUAUAUGGUGAGGUUUUUUUGCUUCCGUAAAGACUGCAUAAUACUUUCCAUUGACAUUGAAUGGAAUCUAAGGACUGUAAAUUGUACAUAUCAGGUGAGUGAGUGUAGAGGGUGGCUGAGUUAGCAUGGGAGGUAUGAGGUGACAUGUGCUGGCAUGAGAGUUGGGUGAGGGAGUUGAAGGAUGAGAUUUAGGGGGCCUUUAAACAUUAUUGGAAGCUGGGAUACUAUGUUGGAGAAAUGAGGCAGGCAUUAUAACUGCCCACAUCCACAUCCACAGUCCUCUCACACUCCAAUGUGGCUCGUGAACAGUACUGUUAACCUAACGCCUGUGAAAGACAGAAAUGAUGUGUGAAGUCACACAUGGAUCAGUCAUGCAGUUUGUAAGUUGUAAAAGUGCACAGAUUGGAAUUUCUCAAGACCAGAGGAAUAUUCGACCUUUAGUUAUAGGAGAUUAGUAUUGGAGUAUGCCUAGUUGUUAUUGCUUUAGCUCACAGCCCGAGAUAGGGUAUACAAUUUAAAAUCUGCACAUCUGUAAAUAUUUAUAAUUAAAGCCAAAAACAUAUUAGAUCACAAAUUCCAUAUAUCUCAACCUACAUUUGACAACGUGCUCAAUGAAAUAAUAAACAUGUAUUUACACCAAGUACUGAUCCACCAAUAACAAAUACGUCUCAUUGAGUAGCACUGUGUCAGAAAAUUGACUUAGAAACUCAAUAAAUAAUUUACAGUUCAAAUUCUACUAAUAAACACCUCUGAAGUGAUUAAUAUUUGGCUAGUUUUUGGAAUUGUCUGUUAAUGUUAAUAGACAGAGCAAGCUGAUUGUAAAAUCACAUACAUAAGGGAAGAAUAUCUUCUGUCUAGCUAGUUUACACCAUCUCUUCUUGUUGAUUCAUGCCCAAGUGGCUCUGUGGUGCUGUUGUGACAUGUGUAUCCAAUCACGUUAUAUAUUGGCCAUUAAAGCUGCUUUGCCAAAGAGACAAUCUUCUCACCUUAGACUCCAAUGCUGCCUUAGAGCCAUUAACAUUUUGAGGAUGACUGUAAAUUUUGUCCCCACUUCUGUUUACUGCUGCAAUGUUUUGUUACAAAUGAACUAUGUAAGAAAGUGAGUACUGGAAAUUUAGACUGUUGGCUUGAAAUUGUUACCAAUGGAGAAAGGCAGAUGAAGGGGCGAUGAGCUCCAUGUUUUAAUGCUGGAAACCUCUGACAAGAUUAGGAUAGAUAUUAGUUUUCGCUUGCAGUUGGACCUGCAGGAAGAAUACCAGAACGAUUAGUCUAUUGUAGCCAAAAUGAAAGUGGUAUGCAUCUCCCAAAAUCAAAUAUGUCAUUGAGGAAUAAAUUUGGAGCUUCUAGCUGUGGGCUGACAUAUUAGCUUAUGUGACAAGGGUAGGGACAAAGAGGCAAUACAAUUAUGUGAGGCAGCAGGCCAGAUUUGAAUGCUUGAGUUGGAAGAUGGCUCACAAUAAACAAACACUUGCUGUCUUUAUGUAUAGAUCUGCAUGCACUCCUAGUCAUGAAGUUAGCCUGUUUUAGUCAAGGACUUUUAUUCAAAUGAAAUAUCUUUCAAACAUGAGAUGUUAGCUGGUUUGAAUGAGAACGAGCUUGAAUUCUGGAGAUGCCAACAGAUGGUCUACUUCACAGUGCAAGCAGUUGAAUCAAAUUUCAGGGUGGUUUUCCUAAAAUUCCCCAGUUGCAAAAUUAAUUAGUAUCCAAAUUUUAUGAAAGAAUCUCUAGCCAUAAAAUUAGUAUUUUUGUUUCAAUACAAAAGCAUAGUGAACAGUAAACUUGCAAUGAACAGGAGGAAGGACUUUUUAUAUGGUUAUAAAUAUUUUGAUUAGUUUACCAGUUAACAGUGGCAACAAUAUUGAAAUUAUUAAAAAUAAAAUUUGUUGCCCUAAUGAGACAAAGUACUUUGAGAGAUGAGCAUUGAAAGACUGUGGUCAGUUUUUGACCUUCACUUUAAAUUGUUGACUACUCUGUUCCAAAAACCUCAAAUGCAAAGCAGUGCUUACCUCGUACAGAAUACAUUCUAUCAUAAUCUAGUCAUAUAGGAUCAAGUUGAAAACAUUCUUGUUCUGAUACUUACAUUUGGAAAAUUACAUUGGAGCUAAUCCUUCCCACAUCCAAGAUUACAAGUACCUGCCAAGACUACAGGCAAUUGAAGUGGGCGAAACUGUACAAGUUAUAUCUUAGUUUAAUCGGAAAUGCUAUAUUGAGAUACACUUUACAAAAAAAUUCCUUACUGUUGUGCUUGUCCCUCAAGUUGUUUAAUUUCUUACCCUUCUUGUAUUCUCUUAGAAAAGGUUCUGAUUCUGGACUCUACUUGGUAUUGCUCUGGUUAAUUAAUGCUGUUGGAUUUCCAGUUGCAUAAUUACUCUUUCCUGUACAAAUUAUUACUGUCCGCAUUAGUGAUCUUUUUUAAAAAUAUAGUUACAAUUUGCUUUGCUUUGAUGAAUGAACAAUUUGCAAUGUCACAAUUUGUUUUAAUAAAGAUGUUAAUUAAAACUAUGUGAUUUAGGAAGUUUUCAUAGGAUGUAAUAUUUUCUGUCAUUUAAAAUGGUUCUUGACUUUGUAAUUUUUUUCUUGGUCAUCUUGAGUUAUGAAUGUCUCUGCCACAUCUAUUGGAAGCCUGUAUUGCAAGAUUGUGAAUAAAUUCCUAGCAGAACUGCA